GGAGAAGCAGCUUCUGCCCAUCUUCAUACUGUACUGUCUUUGCUUCAAUUUAAGAACUAUAAAAAUAUGUGAACAUGCGCAAUUCGUAUUUUGCUUACGGGAACUGGAUGAGGCCGGGCUGGUUCUCGUGCUGACGUCCUUUGUAAACAGCGACACGUGGAGGACCACAAUGCAAAGACAACAACAGUACCACAUUAACAUCACCCAGGUUGACAAAAUUAUCACCGUCCAGGAUAAACAACGAUGUUUUUGAGGAGGAUAUACAACGAAAUAAGGUAGAAAGUUGUUUGACUAUUUUGUCGGUAUUGCAUCGUUUUGCACGUUCAUUGUCUAUGAUGGCGUAUGUCAGUCUCGGAUGCUGUAUGUUAAAGUUAGCUGGCUAUGCAUUUGCGUCUAGACUACAGUAAUCCGGUUUUAGCCCACAUGAUAACCGCUCGUGGAGUUGCAACUGGCUUUCGUUGUGCAGCCAAAGCAAUGAGCGCUGCAGCAGGUUCAUCGUACUUCCAGGCUCCAGAACUUUGUCUGCCUGGAGUCCAGGAAACACGCCCUGGGUGCCCGCCGCGAGUGCGGAGACUGGUCGACAUACCGGGAUGCGAACCGGACCGAGUCAACGACUUGCUUCUACUCAGUACUUCGGAGUCACAGGGACAGUGCGGUUCAGCCACCGAGGCCUCCGAAGAACGCAGUGCACAUGUUGUGUUUUUCCCUGGAGACAUACAGGUGAGGUGUGGGCGUUGUCAGGCAGGACAUUUGAAUAUCACUUAUUUCGCCAUCAAAGGAACAUUUUAAGCUAUUUGUCAUUACAUGAUGCAGCUUGGUAACGUUAUACACUUAUUCCAAUUGAUGCCAAGCAUUCGGUUAAAGGGCCGUUGUGUAGCUAGCCUAUAAUCCUGUUAGCUAAAUUGGUUACAGUUAUGGUUGUUUACAUUUCAAGUGGAGUGUCGAAUUCACAUAAUCAUGCCCACAAAUAAUUAAAUUCAUUCCAAGAGUCCCAACAGGCUAGCCUACUUCAAUGUUAUUAUUCCAAGUGUGUCUUAGUAUUUCCGAGGGCUUUUUUGUAUUCUUGGGAUGUUGCGAGUGGGAUGCUCAUCGAUUGUUAAUGAAUGUGUUCAUUGUAUGCAAACCCCUCAACCUGGUCACAUAGGGACCACUCUUUCACCAGAUGUGUGGAACACCAUUGAGAGGAGGAUAGUUGAAAAACUGGUGAAGUAAGCUAGGUCUUCUACCCAAGGAACCAAAGAAAGAGGUCAGAUUUGAGCCUUGGUGGAAGGGGUAGCCUAUUUUCAGUCAGAAUUAGUUUAUGGUCAUUGUUAGGCAAACUGCAUGACAGGUCUUGUCUGCCAAUUGAUGCGGUUGUAAUCGAGUUGCCAUGGUGCACAAAAACAUGAACCCUUCUUAAGCUGCUCUAAGCCAGGUGACUCACCCCAUCUUUCUCUCUCUCUCCAUCCUCGGCCCCUCUCUUCUGUCUAUCUCCCCCACUCUCACCCCCAUCUGUCUAUUUCCCUUUUCACUGACCCCCUCUGUCCACCUCUCCUUUUCCCCCACCUCUCUCACCUCCACACAACCCACUCCUCCCAUCUAUAUCCUACACCCCUGUUCCUCUGUCCAUCUCCUCCCUCUCUCAUCCCUAGAACUUCCAGCAGGAGAUGUCGCUCCAGCCGGAGGGGGCGCAGUGGCUGUCCUGGAGCCUGGAGAACGUCGCCCUCACCCUGGGUCGUCGCUUCCCUGACCGCCACGUGUGGGUGAUCCGAGCCUCCCGCAUGUACCUGCACAAGUUCAGCUGCUACCACAACUUUGUGGAGAGCAACCUGUUUGGAGCGCCCGAGCACUCACCUGACUACGGAGCAUUUCGCCACCUCAGGUGUUCCAUCUCGUAAUGUUUUAUUCUAGCACUGUGAUUGUCGCUAACACUCACUACCAACCUAUGUUAUUUUUAUGCUGUUCUCUCAACUUACUGUAAAUUACUUUAGAUAAUCUGCCAAAUGACUGAAUUGUAACUGUGAUUGUAGGGCACUGCUGAGCAAUGGCAUGGAGCAAGCUGGCUUGCCUAACCCCCUCCCGCUUCAAGGGGGCGGCGACAAAGUCACCCCUGGUUUCUCCUUGGCCGUGGUGGGCUUCAGCAAAGGCUGCGUGGUGCUCAACCAGAUGGUGUACGAGCUUGCGAGGGCGCGGGCUGACCCGGAGCUGGGGCCAUUUGUGGAGCGCCUCUCAGACAUGUACUGGCUGGACGGCGGCCACCCGGGAGGCAGCGAGACCUGGGUGACUGACAAGCGGGCGCUGGGGGAACUGGCAGCCAGCGGGGUUGCGGUCCACGCCCACGUGACACCGUACGAGGUACGUGACCCCAUGCGGGCCUGGGUGGGCCGCGAGCAUGGGUGCUUUGUCAAGAAACUUGAGGACCUAGGCGCCCGACUCAGCCAGAAGCUGCACUUUGAGGAUGAGCCCGCAUCCAUCGAGAACCACUUCCGGAUCAUCCAGGAUUUCUGAGGUGUUCGUUCAUUCCUGACUGUCUAUUGGCAUGCAAAGUAAAAAAAAACUGGCAAAGCUUGAUUCACGCUUAUGAUUUGAACUGCAAAAUUCUGGUUUAAUGCAAGGGGCUAAAGCUAGUUGAGUCUCAUUUCAUCCCUUUCAGUUCUUCCUUUCGUGCAGAAGUCAAUCUCACUGUCCCCAUCUUCCUGGACCUCAUAUUUCAUGAUCUAUGAUAUCUUUAAUAGCCAAGAAUGCAGAUUCCGAUUGGAAUGCUUUGCCCUUAUCUAGACACCCCUCAGUCAUUUCUCCUAGGAAUUUAUUUCCUUACUACUACAGAUUGGCCUACAUCAUAGACAAAGUUUGCAUAUUGUACUUAAAUAAGGGAUAUUUUUUAUGUGAAAAUCUGAAAGAAUGCAACUUUAAAGACUGACAUUAAGUAUGUAGGACAAAAUCAAACCUUUGAUAAAAAAAUGCCAAAGCAUCUUUUGGCUGAAAGUGAGCAGAGGUUAUUUGCAGUGUCUCACGCUGUUGCUCUGAUGUCUGUAAUCUCGUAAAGUCUUAUGAUAUAAUAGACACUAUUGAAUGUUAAAGUACGAUGAACCUCAUUGAGAUACUCUUGAAUUUCUGUCCUCAACCUCCCCUUUAAAAAGAGAUUCUCCGGUACUUUUGU